AUGGCGGAUAACUGUGAAGUUCUAGAUAUUCUGGCAGAGCAGGACCCUGUGAGGAUUCCCUUUGAGAAUACCCCAACGAUUGAAUACUAUCACAAUACGCUGCCGCGUCUAAGCACGAAUAAAGAUUUGCUGGAUGACGACUACAACCAAGCUUGGGCCGGAUUCAUUACGGCUUUUAUUGGAUUCUUCUUGAUAUGGGGCUCGAUGCUUGGCUUUUUCAAGUGGCGAGGACCCGAAAAGGCGGGAUGGAUCUCUGGAAGUCGAACAACCAAGCAAACUCAAGUGGAAGAGCCCUCCAGCAAUGACAAUGGUGUGUUUUCUAGCUUCCGAAUACUAGCCAAGAAGGAAAGCACGGCGGUCGAAAACAAGAAGGCUUUACCAAAGAAGCAGUCAAUGUUUCUGCGUAUUCUUUUGUAUAUCACGAUUUUUGGCAUCAUUACAGCAAAUGGAAUUCUAUACUUUACGGGUCUAAAGAAUCUGAGUUCAGCCACAGAUGAAGGUCUAGCUACUUUAGAUCAAGCAGAAGCUCAAAUGAAACUGAGCGUUUGCCUGUUUGAACAAGUCAUUGACCGCAUGGAAUUGGCCGAGAACAAUACUCAAGAAUUGUUGAAAAGGGCCAACAAUAUUUGUCCUCGAGUCCAGAAUCAAUUUUGCCAAGUUCUGUCUGAUCCCGACUCUUGCGGAAGUGAUAGUAAUCGACGCCUGCUUGUGGAUGACUUGUUAGGUUGGGCCGGAUAUGCCUACGAUCUUGCCUCCGAGCAGGCACAAACCAUUGUCAACUUUUUGCAAUCCAUGCUGCAAUCCAUGCAAAAUGGAAUUCAAUUCUUUCAAAAGGAAGUCAACCUCAAAGUGCAACUACAGCUUAUGCGAGACGACUUGAAUGGCAAGAUUGAAGCCAACCUGGUCGACACCAAGGAUCAAGUGGAGACUGCUGCCUUGAUGGUAACACUAUCUUCUGUUCUCUGUUUGAUAUCGACUCUUGUGUGCAUCGGUCUGUUGGCCGCUCACUUUUUGAAGAAACCACGCUUGUUGAAAGUAUUCUUUGGAUUUUUCAUCUUUACGACUGUACUGAUAAUCGUGGCAGCCAUUGCCAUUACGAUUGCAGCCUUUGUUGUGUCUGACCUUUGCAUCGACGAUCCCGAUACCCGCGCCAUUGAGCUGCUGCUUUUAAGACUGGACUUGAAGUCCGAAAUAUUGGAAAACGUUGCCAGAGGCUUCUUCGAGUCCAUGGCAGAUGGCGAUAUUUGCUUUGAGGAGCCGCCGACAGAGUUCCUUACAAACAGUAUUGAUUUCGUACAGGAAGGUAUGGACGCGUUCGAUGGUUGGAGCGGUUUCUUUAACGGCUUUGAUAGUAUCCAAGAAUUAGCCUGUGGUGCCGAUGCAACGUCGUUUGCCGAUGUGGAAGCCUUCAUGGAGACAUCCAUCAAUGCCAAGCUCAAUAUCACAGCUGUCUUUCUGGAAAGUGCUGGGCAAAUUUUGACAUGUUCCUUUUGGUUGAAACUCUUUGAAAAGGGUCUGCACCAAGCCACCUGCUAUGAUGGCAUGGAGGCAUUGGCAACCGUCGCACCUGCCCAGUUCAUCAUUGCAUGCUUGUGCAUGCUUGUUGUGACCUUUCGUGUUGUGCUUUGGGAUACUAUUAUCUUGGAGGCUGAUGCUGGGGGAACUGAGAAUCAUCAAAGUACAUGA